GCUGACGUGGAUGGAGGUGGAUGCGAUGUAUUUUUUUAAAAUGCCAGCUAAGAUAUUAAAGCACAUUUCACACAGCCCUGCUGAUGAGUGAGACGCAUCUGAUAGACAGACUCCCACUGACUGUAUCACUCCUGCAUCAGCUCCACACCACCGCAUGGGAUGAAGAGGCAGAAGCAACGCCAGACGAGACAUCGAGUCAGUGCUGCCUUGUCAGGAUGAAGCUGACCUUCAGUGUCCUGUCGGUGUGUGUGGUUGUGCUGUGGGUGAUGAGUUUUGUACUGUUGGUGGUGGCAAUAGGCACAGAUUUCUGGUACAUCAUCGAUGCCUCCAAACUGGAAACGUUCUUCAAUUCUUCCGAACAGCUGGGAUCUCACUCUGGGCUUUGGAUAACUUGUAAACUUAAAAGUAAAUGUUUUCCGUUAAUGAAUCCAUUCUGGCAAGGAAGCAGGAAUUUUACAGAUACGCAAAGACAACUCUUAAACAUGCACGGAACAUUUGUAAUCCUGCUUCCACUUAGCCUUAUCCUGAUGAUUUUUGGAGGAAUAACCGGAUUUAUAAGCAUCUUAGCACGAGUUUACCUGUUACUGUUAUUGACGGGACUUCUUUUUCUGUUCGGAGCUCUGGUAACUCUCUGUGGGAUCAGCGUGUACAUUGGCUAUUCGGCUGCAGCGUUCAAAGAAGCCGUGUGUCUGUCUGGCAAGAAGAUCCUGGAAGACAUUGACAUCAGGUUCGGCUGGUCUUUGGCUCUGGCUUGGGUCUCGUUCGUUGCCGAGGCCUUCGCAGGUGUCUCGUUCAUAUUAGCUGCGAAAAUGGUGGGAGUGAAAAAGAGACGGUAUGAAGCAACCUGAAGUUUGAAAAGCCUUCCGUCCACAAUGCAAGUGCAGCUGGAUAUCAAACAAAGGCGUUUGAUUAAAGCAUUUUUGGGGUCUCA